AUGCGACAAAGACGCAGGAACCUACCGUAUAGGAUCCCCUGUGCAAAAUGCGAUAAAACGUUCUCCAAGGUGGAGCAUUUGAAUCGUCAUCAAUUGGCCCACACCGGAGAGCGCCCAUACAAGUGUUCAAUCUGCACAAAGCACUUUGCUCGGAGAGAUGUCCUCCUUCGUCAUCGCCGGAAUCACUCGUCAGAGGAUCGAGAGAACCCGCUUACCGAUCCAGGACUGCAAGGCGAGAACCUUGCACAAGACCCUCAAGAUGGGUCUCCCGACAUCAUCAUCAACGGCCACAUUGAGGGGGACGCUAACGCACCGGUAACGGCGGAAUAUCAAUUCCCAGGAUCGGUGGAGACACCGACAGAUGGUUCUACAACAUCGAAUAUGGGAAUGAAUCGAGACUCGAAUAAUGAUUUCUUGAAUAUGCUUUUCAGCCCUCCAUUCAACGACCAGUUCACGUCCGGUGGUACCUGGGGGGGUUGCGCUUCGGGGGACAUGGGGAUCCCGAGUCUUGUUCAUCUCGCGAUGGAAGAUUCCAAUAAUAUUGGACCCAUCACCAAUGCGCGGAACACUGGUCAGGUUUUGGGCGAAAUCGGGCCGAUUUGGCCAAGAAAUCUACGAUCAACCGCACGACCCCAUUUCUGGCACGAGAUUGCGUUCGAUUCCCCGGAGAACAUUUUCUCCGGCUACGAUAUCAGAGGCUGCAUCGAGCCUGCUCAAGCUGAGACCGAUCAUAUUAAUACCGUUGACAUCAAUCUCACUGGAGAGGUCAAAGAACGCCUUCGGCACUUGAAAAAGAAAACUCUCACAUGCCCCUGUGAUAGUGUGUUCAUUGACCAGACAACAUGUGGACAGCGUUAUCUUUGUACAAAUACGACUCAAGUCUUCGACCAAGGACUUUAUCUUUACCUACACAAAUAUCAGCCGUUGUAUCCAGUCUUACACCCCGCUACUUUCAAGCCUGAAAAUACUUCAGAUCUCUUGUUAUUCGUUAUGUGCAUGAUUGGAAUCUCACUUCUCAAAACUGAAGACGCGGCAACCUUCAUCCGACGAACAUAUCCGGUGAUUUUGGCCGAGGCUUUCACUCAGUUUCUUAUUGCGUCAACGCAGUCUCGAGCACCCACCGAGAUCCUGAACCAUCUGGUGCUUGCCCAUCAUGUCCUUUUUAUGUUUAUUUCAACCGGAGGAAACCUCGCUCCAGAAAUGUCAAAAACUCUGUAUCUACACACCAUGAUGACUGCGCAACAAUAUGAUUUUUUCGGUCUCAGAAAAGACGAAAACUACGAGCAAUUGUUGCCUUCACAUCUAGAGACGGCGGUGAGGUGGAGGGCCUGGAGUAGGGUAGAAUCAACCAAAAAAUUGAUCAUAGGUCUUCUUUUGCACGACUCUUGGCUUUCAGACCUAUAUACGAUAAGUCCUAUAAUCCGAACGGAUGCCAUAUCUCUUUCGCUUCCCCAAGAGGACACCUUUUAUCUGGCACAAACAAGCAGCAAGUGGGCCCAGCUCUCGCGAGAUGCAUUUUUCGUCACCCAAACUCUUAAUUUGGCAGCUCAUAAAUUUGAGCUCCCAUGUCUACCAGGCAGAAUACAUAUUUUCUCCUUGUACGGGGUUCUUUGUACCGCUUUGCUUCGUGUGACUGCAGAUACCCAUCGCUUGAUUCGAAGUUCUGACUUGGUCCUUCCGGAACAACAUCGAUAUGUGCCUUGCAAUAUCCUCCGACUAGAUAGAAGAGCCAGUAUUUCUGCUCCUCUUCUUACAGAGAUGAUCUGCCUCUAUGAAGAUACGUUCAGGAACUCCAAUCCAAACUGCAUUGUGAUCUGGCACAGCGUCUGUAUCCUCCUGACAGUGGAUAUCGAUAUCCUUGGAUGUGCAGCGGGUCAUGAUGGCGCCGAGUCGAUAGUCGAAGCCCGCAAAGCUUUGACUUCCUGGGCGCAAACCGCCUCUGCACGGCGAGCGUGUCUUCAUGCAGCUCAGACAUUCAGGAUCCUAUCCCAUCGAAAGCCUGCCGACGGAACGGCGUUCCAGUCGGUACGCACAUUAUUCAUGGCUGCCCUAGUUCUUGGGUUAUACAUCCUGACUGGCUCGGCAUUACCUCUGCCAGAUGAUAUUGAUAAUGAGACCUCCUUUGAUCUGGCUAAUGGUCAAGUUGACUGGAAGGUCGUUGGAGACGAAGGGUUUUCAUCUACAGAAUCCUCGACCCCAAAGGACAUGGCAAUCACCGACAACGAGGCUGUCAACUUUAUCCGAUUCGGCGGACCAAUUUUGAUUGAUCGAAAGUUGUAUCAUCCCGGCGCUCGUCAUGCCCAGCGAAUUAUUCUUGAAUUUGCCAGCCUUCUGGAUGAAGUGGGAACACAUUGGAUGGCCGAUUAUGCUCGUGUGUUGUAUAUGAUUCAUGAUACGAUGACAGAUUAA